UGUUCCUCAGCCACCUGCCGCCGAAGAGAGAAGAGCAAGGGAGGGAGGGAGGCAGGAGAGGGAAGGGCCUUCAGGGGGCCGUUGGGAAAAUUAAGAUACGUCUAUUUGAACAAUAAUCUUUAAUCUUCUUCGUUUAGAAUUUGAAGAAGACUCCUGUCCUAUCCAUCUACCUGCCGGGCGCCAGCUUUUGUGCUUAUCCCAUUCCUAGGUUGAUUCAUCAUUUCAGGAUAAUCCAAAAUAAUAUAUAUUUUUUUUCAGCAAGACUUUAGAUACAGUCUAUAAAGAGUUUCAACAAUUCCAGAAAGUUUUCUGGAGAGAAAGAAAAUGCACGAGCAAAGGAAGAAUGCGGUAACGAGCCCGGCUGGAACUUUGUAAAGAUCGUCACUGUGAACGAGGUCCUCAGGAAUAUGAAGUACGUAUUGGUUACUGGAGGUGUUGUUAGUGGACUGGGCAAAGGGGUCACUGCUAGUAGUAUCGGUGUCCUCCUUAAAGCUUGCGGUCUUCGAGUUACUUCCAUUAAGAUUGAUCCUUAUUUAAACACAGAUGCUGGUACCAUGUCUCCUUUUGAGCACGGUGAAGUAUUUGUCUUGGAUGAUGGUGGCGAGGUUGACCUGGACCUUGGAAACUAUGAACGAUUUUGUGAUAUCACGCUAACUCGUGAUAACAACAUCACAACUGGAAAAAUAUUUCAGUCUGUGAUUGACAAGGAGAGAAGGGGUGAUUACUUAGGAAAGACUGUUCAGGUUGUUCCACACAUUACAGACGCAAUCCAAGAAUGGAUUGAGCGUGUGGCAAUGAUACCAGUGGAUGGUAAAGAAGGUCCAGCAGAUGUGUGCGUAAUUGAAUUGGGUGGCACCAUAGGAGAUAUUGAAUCGAUGCCAUUUAUUGAAGCACUUGGCCAAUUUUCGUACCACGUAGGUCCUGGAAAUUUCUGCCUGGUUCAUGUUAGCCUUGUUCCGGUCCUCAAUGUGGUUGGUGAACAGAAAACUAAGCCUACUCAACAUAGUGUUCGAGGUCUAAGAGGCCUGGGUUUGGUACCAAAUAUUUUAGCUUGCCGCAGUACAAAGGAACUCGAUGAAAAUGUUAAGGAAAAACUUGCUCAAUUUUGUCAUGUGCCGGCAGAUAAUAUAAUCACUCUCUAUGAUGUGCCAAAUAUCUGGCAUAUUCCUCUGCUAUUAAGAGAUCAGAAGGCUCAUACUGCACUCUUAAAAGGACUGAACCUUCACAGUGUAGCAGGAGAACCUGAUUUAGAUGGAUGGACGACUAGGACAAGGUUAUAUGAUAAAUUACAUGAUUCCGUCAAAAUUGCUAUGGUUGGUAAAUACACAGGCCUGUCAGAUUCGUACCUCUCUGUAUUAAAGGCCCUUUUACAUGCUUCUGUCGCCAGCAAUAGAAAGCUUGUUGUAGAAUGGGUGCCAGCUGGGGAUCUUGAAGAUAUUUCUGCCACAGAGGCCCCUGAGGUUUAUGCAGCUGCAUGGGAACUUUUAAAGGGUGCUGACGGUGUUCUAGUUCCAGGAGGUUUUGGUGAUAGGGGAGUCCAAGGGAAAAUUCUAGCAGCCAAAUAUGCUCGAGAGAAUGGGAUUCCCUUUCUGGGCAUAUGCCUGGGGAUGCAAAUUGCGGUUAUUGAAUUUGCCAGAUCUGUUCUUGGUAUACAUGAUUCUAACAGCACAGAGUUCGAUCCUGAAACGACGAAUCCUUGUGUGGUUUUUAUGCCUGAGGGCUCAAAGACUCAUAUGGGAGGAACUAUGCGUCUAGGGUCAAGGAGAACUUACUUUACUGUUAUGGAUUGCAAAUCUGCACAGUUGUAUGGCAAUGUGAAGUUUGUUGAUGAGCGACAUAGACAUAGAUACGAGGUCAAUCCGGAGAUGGUAUGUCAACUUGAAAAUGCUGGUUUAUCUUUCGUUGGCAGUGAUGAAACAGGUCGUCGUAUGGAGAUUGUUGAACUAAGUGGCCAUCCAUACUUCGUGGGAGUUCAGUUUCAUCCCGAAUUUAAGUCCAGACCAGGAAAGCCUUCCCCGCUCUUCUUAGGGCUCAUUAAGGCCGCGUGUGGCCAAUUAGAGGCCUUUCUACAAAACAAUGGGAAUGUCAUCCAAUUUUCGGCAGAUACGAUAAUCAAUGGACACGCAAAGACAAAGAUAAAGAUUGUGCAAAAUGGAGACACCCCAAAGUCUUCGAAUGGGUAUUUAAAUGCCGCAUAUGGCAAUUCAGUAGUUUGCCCCUUGAAAGAUGUAAGCCACUGUUUAUGAUGAUGGUGGUCGCUAAUGUUAUCACUCCUCGGAGGAUGUGCCUGAAGAUCCUUGGGCUUGCUGUACAGUUAUAUGGUCUAGUGAUGAGGGCUUUAUUUAUGACAUAAAGCUGGAACUUUUUCUUUUUUUGACGGUUAGUGCAGCAUUAGUUCGAUAUGAAUACUGAUUUAGGGUAACUUAACACUCGUUUCAAAAGUGCUUUCAACUUUUAAGAUGGUCGUUUGAUGGCAUCAAGCUUUCUUCAUAUCUUUUGAAGUU